AUGCUGGUACCACCCCCGAACUAUGGAAUGGUGGAAGAGAACUUCUACCGGUCGGGACAACCGGACCAGCUCAACUUUCCGUUCCUCGAGAAGCUCGGUCUGAAGAGCGUCAUCUGGCUGGCACCAGAAGAGCCCGAGGCUGGCUUCCUCGAUUUCUGCGUGGACCAAAACAUCGAGUUGCACCAUCUUGGCGUCCUCUACUCCACCAACGCCUGGGAUCCCAUCACGGAAGAAGUGGUGCUACAGGCAUUGCAUCUGCUUGUCCAACCUGCCACUUACCCCGUACUCGUCAUGUGCAAUUUGGGUCGCCAUCGUACAGGCACUGUGGUUGGUUGCUUCCGCAAACUACAGAGAUGGAAUCUCAGCGCGAUUCUCGAGGAGUACAGACGAUUCGUAGGAGGCCAGAAAUACCGCAUCCUCAACGAACAGUUCAUCGAACUCUUUGACGAAGAACUCGUCUUUGGCGCCAGCUAUUAG